GCGCUCUUCACUCACUGCAGCAGUCACACGAGCUGUUGGCGGGAGACACUGAAGUCCACAAACUCAAUUUCGUUUGAUAUUUUAUGAAUAUAAUUUUCAUUCAGAAGUGGUUUGUGUAGUCUCCGGUCAUCAUGCCGUCCUGUGUGGGUUCCAGCAGUCCAGCUGCAGUUCUUCAGGAGGCUUUGGAAAACACUGGCCGCUUGAUUGACAGACAUCUGCAGGAAGAUCGCUGUUUCCCCGAUCUGUCCGAGCUCCUCAAUGUUCCCUCACAUAAUAUGCCCUUUCUCUCUGGCAUGUCGGACAUGGAUUACCCUCUGCAGGGGCCGGGCCUGAUCAGUGUUCCGAGUCUUCCUGAACUCGGUGCCAUCCGAAGGGUUCCAUUGCCUCCAGAGCUCGUGGAGCAGUUCGGCCAUAUGCAGUGUAAUUGCAUGAUGGGAGUUUUCCCUGAAAUCUCCAGGGCGUGGCUCACCAUUGAUAACGACAUCUUUAUGUGGAAUUACGAGGAUGGGAGUGAUGUGGCAUAUUUCGACGGCCUCAGUGAAACUAUACUAUCAGUUGGACUGGUCAAGCCAAAGCCAGGUAUAUUUCAGGCACACAUCCAUUUCCUCUUGGUAUUGGCCACACCUGUGGACGUUGUGAUCCUGGGUCUGAGUUUCCCUAAAGCACAGACAGGUUUGAAUGACAGUUUGUCCGGAGUGAUGCAGCUGUUGCCGGAUCCUCUGUACACCAUCCCCACAGACAACACCUACCUGCUGGCCGUCACCUCCACGGAUCAGGGCCGCAUCUUCAUGGCCGGUAAAGACGGCUGUCUGUAUGAGGUUGCGUAUCAGGCGGAAGCCGGCUGGUUCAGUCAACGCUGCAGGAAGAUCAACCACUCGAAAAGCAGCCUGUCCUUCCUCAUCCCAUCACUCCUGCAAUUUUCAUUCUCUGUGGACGAUCCAGUUGUUCAAAUUGCAAUUGAUAAUACCCGGAACAUCCUAUACACGCAUUCAGAGAAGGGAGUUCUGCAGGUGUAUGAUCUCGGCGUUGAUGGGCAGGGAAUGAGUCGAGUCGCCGCCAUGUCUCAAAAUUCCAUCGUAUCGGCAGCUGGAAACAUCGCCAGGACGAUUGAUCGCUCAGUGUUCAAGCCCAUCGUUCAGAUUGCUGUUAUUGAUCGCUGCGAGUCUUUAGACUGUCAGUUGUUAGCAGUCACUCACGCCGGUGUCCGUCUGUAUUUUAGCACCUCCCCUUUUGCUCCGCCCAACGCCAGACACACCGCGGCUCGUCCCAGUAUCCUGGCACUGGUGCAUGUUCGUCUGCCACCCGGAUUCUCUGCGUCUUCCACUCUCCAGAAACCUGCUAAAGUGCACAAGGCGCUGUACAGCAAAGGUGUUUUGCUGAUGGCCGCGUCCGAGACGGAGGACAGCGAUGUUCUGUGGUGUAUGAACCACGACUCCUUUCCGUUUAAGAAACCUCUGAUGGAAGCACAGAUGACGGUGAAUGUUGACGGUCACUCGUGGGCUCUGUGUUCUAUAGAGGAAACCAAAUCACCAAAGAUCAUCACUCCUCUGAAUAAAGAUCUCAUUCCUGUCACCGACUCGCCAUUGGUUGUUCAACAGCACAACAUCCCUCCGCAGAAAUUUGUCCUCCUGUCUGCUCAGGGAAGUCAUAUCUUCCACAAACUGCGUCCCGUGGAUCAGUUACGCCACCUGCUGGUGAGCAGUGCAGGAGGAGAGAGCGAGGAGAUCGAGAGGUUCUUUAAGCUGCACAGGGAGGAGCAGGCGUGUGCGACAGCGCUCAUCUUGGCGUGUUCCACUGCAGCGUGUGAUAGAGAAUUGUCCGUAUGGGCUACAAGAGCGUUCUUCAGGUAUGGUGGAGAGGCACAGAUGCGUUUCCCGUCUGCCGUUUCUGCCCCCAGUAAUGUCGGGCCUCUCUUCAGCUCUCCAGUACCAGGAUCACCAGUGCCCGUCGGUAGCCCCCUACCACACCCCAGUUUCCUUGCGACACCUGCCCCAGGUGUGUUCCCGCCAACCGUGUCGACCCCUUACGUUCCCGCUACGCCCAUGUAUCCGAGCGGUGCCCCCAUUACAACCAUGACCGCUGGACCAGAGGUCAGCUUCUCUGGAAAACACAACGGCAUCAGUAUUUACUUCACGCGCAUACUGGGGAACAUUUGGGAUGGGAGUCUAGCGAUGGAGAUGACCAUAAACAACGGAAGUCAAGCUGUGACUAUUUUGGAGAGCACAGCCAGUUCGUCUGAUCUGGAAAGCGUUCUAAUGGAGCUUCAGGGCCUGAAGGAAUUUCUGGAUAAAAACUCACAGUUCAGUCCAACUUCGCUGGGUGUGGUCAAUUUCAGCUCACCAGCUAACCUACAGCAAAGACUUCUGGGAUUUAUGCGUCCAGAUGGAGCAAGCUCUCAAGUCCAGCAAGAGCUGCAGAGGAAAUAUCACACGGAGGCUCAGGUGUAUGAGAAAUCGUCUCUUCAGGGAAUACAGCAGCUGAUCCAUCGCUCCUGUCAGACACUGGCACUCUGGAAACUUCUUUGUGAUCAUCAGUUCAGCCUCAUUGUCUCGGAGAUGCCCAAGGAGUUCCAGGACCAGAUAAAGGCCGUGAGUUUUAAGGAUGUGGUAGUGUCCGGACGUGAGCUCACCGGCGCUCUCAUCACCGCUCUCAUUAACGUUUACAUCAGAGACAGCGCUUCUGUAGACACGGUCAGCGGUCACCUGAGAGACAUCUGCCCUUUACUGUACAGCAGUGAUGAUGGCAUCUGCUCAAAGGCCAAUGAACUUCUCCAGAGCUCCAGACAGAUCCAGAAUAAACUUGAGAAGGAGAGAACGCUGAAGGAAUCCCUCCGUCUGUACCAGCAGAUCAGCCACCAUACAGAUCUGCCGCUGGUGUGCUCGCAGUACAGGCAGGUGCGUUUCUAUGAGGGAGUGGUUGAGCUGUGUCUCACAGCUGCAGAUAAAAAAGACCCUCAGAAACUGGGACCGCACUUCUACAGAAACGGAGAGCCGGACGAUGACGUCACGGGCCUGCAGGCAUUCCAGGAAAGACUGUGUUGUUAUAAAUGCAUCACAGACACCAUGCAGGAGCUGGUGAACCAAAGCAAAGCGGCCCCUCAGUCCCCCAGUGUCCCCAAACAACCCGGGCCCCCUGUCAUGACUUCUGACCCCAACAUGUUGAGCAACGAGGACGCUGCAGCCCAUUUUGAGCAGCUGCUGGGUCUCGCUCAGAGAUCUCAAGACGAGCUCUUCCACAUCGCGCUGUAUAACUGGCUCAUUCAGGCCGAUCUCACUGACAAACUGCUGGAGGUGAGUUCUCCGUAUCUGGAAGAUCAUUUGAUGCACAUGAUCAAGCAGGAUCAGAGUAAAGUGCGCAACAUGGAUCUGCUCUGGCGAUACUACGAGAAGAACCGAAGCUUUGGCAAAGCGGCGCACGUGCUGGCGCGUCUCGCGGAUAUGCACAGUACAGAGAUCUCUCUGAAGCAGCGUUUGGAGUACAUCUCCAGAGCUAUCCUCUCUGCCAAGAGUUCAUCCUGCAUGUCUUCACUGGGAGCCGAUGGAGAGUUUCUACAUGAACUGGAGGAAAAAAUGGAGGUGGUGCGCAUUCAGGUGCAGAUCCAGGAGACGCUGCGCAGACAGUAUUCCCAUCAUCCCUCAGUGCAGGGCGCCAUUACACAACUGGACUCUGAGCUCAUGGACAUCACUAAGCUGUACGGCGAGUUUGCGGAUCAUUUCCGGUUGUCUGAGUGCAAGCUGGCGAUUAUUCACUGUGCGGGACAUUCAGACACUAUUCUGGUGCACUCGCUGUGGCAGGAGAUCAUUGAGAAAGAGUUGAAUGACAGUGUUGCGAUGAGUCCAGCCGAUCGUAUGAGAGCUCUGAGUCUAAAGCUCGUGUCGCUGGGGAAAGUAUAUGCCGGAACACCACGAUACUUUCCAUUAGAUUUCCUGGUGAAGUUUCUUGAACAGGAAGUCUGCCGGUUAAACUGGGACGUGGGCUUUGUCACCUUCACCAUGCAGGAAAUAGGAGUUCAGCUUCCUCGACUGCUGGAGGUGUACGACCAGCUCUUCAAGACCCGGGAUCCGUGUUGGCAACGCUUGAAGAAACCUCUGCACCUGGUGGAGUGCAUCCAUGUUCUCCUGUCUGGAUAUGUGGAUGAUCCCAGCCGCGUGCCCACCUACGACCGACGGAGAUUCACUAACGCAUGUCUGGAUAAUAUCUGUGGUUAUCUGGUGGAGCUUCAGUCGUUGAGUCCAAACACUGCUCUACAGGAUAUCAUACGCAACUUUAAAUCUCUGCAAGCCAAACUGGAGAAGCUGCAUUGAUGAACGUAAAAGGUUAUUGACUUUAACGUGAAUUAUUGCACCCAUCUCCAGGUUUUAGCAAAGUGUGUGAUUUGAAACCCCAGAUAGUACGACCUGAUGCAUCUCGUAGUGCAUUUUCAACAUGCAACAUUACAAGGUCUUAAUUGCUCUGUUGCUUUUGUGCCAGUUCACUCAAACAAAUAAACAGUUCAGUUGUGUAUUCAUUAGUUGGCAGACAUCUUUGUGGUCCACAUUACUACGAAUUGCAGAUAUGAGGGUGCAGAAUAUAUGAUUUGCUGAAAUAACUUGAAUAUGCUCCAUGUUUGUUGAAUCACCGUUGCUGCUUUACAGUCUGUGGAGGCACUUAUUGUGAAAAGGUUUAAAAGAUUAAGACCUUAGUGUUGAUCUAAAAGCAUUUUUUCCAUUUGCCCAGAAUUCCAACAUCAUGGUCAAUUUCCCAAUUAUUAUUAUUAUUAUUAUUAUUAUUAUUAUUAUUAUAUAUUUUUUUUUUUUUACUUGAGAUAUGUUUGCAUGGGUGCAUUGGGUUGAAAGGAAAUCUGCUCUUGUCCGCUUUGUACAAAAUGCAAGAAUUAUCAAUGGACUAUUUUAUAAAAAUAUUCCAUUUUUAGGAAACAUUAUUUUUUAAAUGCCUCAUUUGUGUAAUAAAAUGUGUAUUGCAAAUGUUGCAAAAACUUUGGAAAUAAUAAUAAAUAAUGUUUUGUU